CGGGCAUAGAGGGAGGUGAGGGGAGGCAGAGCCUGAAUGAUCUCAUCCCUCCAGCAGCUGCAUACCGCAGCGAGGCAAAGCAGUAACUUUCUAUCAAACUUCCAAGUUGCCUUUCGGAAGAAGACGGAGGGACAUUUUUUGUUGUUGUUGGGGGGGACUGAACCCGGAGCCAAAACGUUCCUUGUGAAGGCGAGGAGGGAGCUGCCGCUUAGUUUUGUUUUUUUUUCUGUGUGUGUGUGACUAAAACGGCAGCACCUUACGAGUUGAGACAAAAAGAGGAAAACCGUGUUCUGUGACAUCCGAAAAGGAGGAAAGGAUUCUGCGAUUGGACUUGGAAACAUGACAAGCGUCAGCAUUGGUGCAGCUAAGGAGGCAUUAUGCAAGCUGGAGUGCUGAGGAGCUCUCUUGCCUCUUCACUUGUUGAUCCCAACAAUCAAAUUUGCUCAUGAGGUCAGCGAGUAGCAUCCAGUCCCAGAAGCAACCAUGCCCGUCUGCUAAGUGCCUUUAACCCGUUGGCACUUGUGUCAUGACCAGCCUGAAGCGCCCACCAAUGGAGUGCACGGUUGGGGGCUCCAUCCCUGCCACUAACGAGUUUUACACCGGGCGUCUUCGGCCAGUUAAUGGAGGGGCUUUGCCGGCCCGCUCAGACAACUACCACGCCGGUGUGACCACAGGAGUGCCUAAAAUGGGUGUCCGGGCUCGGGUGGCCGACUGGCCCCCGAGAAAAGACCUUCCAGGUUCUCAGUGGCUCUCAGACUCUGGAGCCGGCGUCCCGUCUGUUAUCAAAGGUCACAUUAAGUUAGGUUCUGUUCUGAGCCCUCAGGACUCCUCUAUGCUACGUAACAUCCAUAACUCCCUGAGGAACCGAACCCACGCGCCGCCUAACAGCUACAGCCCCGACGGCCGUUACCUGGCCCCAGGAGACUACAGAGGUCCUGCACACAAAAACCCACGACAGAGGCGCGUCCGUCAGCGCAGCAACAGCGACAUGGCCAUCAGCGAGAUGGAGGGCAGCGGAGACAGCGGCGAAGACUGGGCGCCGUCGGCAGCGGCUAAAUGGUCCCCUCUUCACCGGGAAUAUGGCAGCACGUCGUCAAUAGAUCAGCACGGAAUAGCUAAGGACAGCUUUUUUGAAAUGCUGAAAGGUUAUCAAGAGGAUAAAGCCGACCAGCGCAGCCCGGCUCCGGAAAACCUAGAGGACAUUCUGAACGUGGGGAUAAAGCUUCAGGAGCUUCAGGAGGACGUCCCAGACGGACAUCUGCUGAGACCCAGAGAUAGGGACAAGCCUCCAAAAAGACGCACCAAGUCCGAAACGGGAGGGGAGUCUAUAUUCCGGAAGCUUAAGAGCGUACGAGGUGAGUUGGACUCUUCGAGAGCCGGUUCUGAUGUGGAGGACAGUCGGACGGAGGACACAGCCCCCCCUCCUAAACCCUGGGUUUGUCAGAAAGGCUUCGCCCACUACGACGCUCAGAGCAUCCUCUUCGACCUCAACGAAAUUACCCAGCUUCGACAGACUGCAGGGAAGAGGAUAAACACCACCACCGGAGCGUCCGCUGCCGCCGUAGCCUCCGCCACCUCCACUCUCUCAUCCACCCACAGCCUGCCUUACAGCUCCCCCAGCGGCAGCCAAGAAGAGCUCAGCUCCAGAGACAGCCCAAGCUUGGACGCCGGCGACGAGCAGAGCAACGAAAUGCUGCUGAGCUGCCCCUGCUUCCGCAACGAGAUCGGCACGGAUGGGAACGGGUGGCGUCGGCUGGGACUGGGUGGGGCAGGGUACCACGGACUUGUGGGUGGAGGAACGGGCAGCAGUAGCUCGGGGACCCUGAAGGGAGAAAGUCAUUUGUAUGAAACAUCUUUGAGCACACACUGCACUAACGCUGGAGUAGCGGUUCUCGAGGGACCGAAGGAGGGACCGAGCGCCGUCAGCGAAAAGGGCAAACAGUACAUCGUGGAACACGUGGACCUGGGAGCCUACUACUAUAAAAAGUUUUUCUACCAUAAAGAGCACUGGAACUACUUCGGUAUAGACGAGGCUCUGGGUCCAGUGGCUGUGAGCCUGCGCAGAGAGAAGCUGGAGGAGGAAAAAGAGCGAGGGCAGCAGUACAACUACCGCAUCAUCUUCAGAACAAGCGAGCUGACAACUCUUAGAGGUUCUAUACUGGAGGAUGCAGUGCCUUCUACCUCCAAACACGGGACCACCCGAGGUCUGCCCGUCAAAGACGUACUGGAGUACCUUCUCCCAGAGCUGGAUCUGUCCUGCCUCAGACUGGCCCUCAACACUCCCAAAGUCACAGAGCAGCUGAUGAAGCUGGAUGAACAAGGGCUAAGUUUUCAGGUGAAGGUGGGCGUGAUGUACUGCCGAGCGGGACAAAGCACAGAGGAGGAAAUGUACAACAACGAGACCGCCGGUCCCGCCCUGGAGGAGUUCCUCCAGCUGCUGGGGGAGAAGAUCCGCCUCAAGGGUUUCACCAAGUACAGAGCCCAGCUGGACACCAAAACGGAUUCAACUGGUACUCACUCCCUGUACACUUCCUACAAGGACUAUGAGAUCAUGUUUCAUGUUUCCACAAUGCUGCCUUACACACCCAACAACAAACAACAGCUGCUAAGGAAGCGCCACAUAGGGAACGACAUUGUGACCAUUGUGUUCCAGGAACCGGGAGCUCACCCUUUCACGCCCAGAGCCGUGCGGUCUCACUUUCAGCAUGUCUUCAUCAUCGUUCGAGUGCACAACCCCUGCUCUGACAGCACAUGCUACAGCGUGGCUGUCACCCGUUCCCAGGACGUUCCCUCCUUCGGUCCACCAAUCCCAAAGGGAGUUACCUUCCCUAAGUCCACUGUCUUCAGGGAUUUCUUGCUCGCCAAGGUCAUCAACGCCGAGAACGCGGCCCACAAGUCAGAAAAGUUCGGCGCCAUGGCGACGCGCACGCGGCAGGAGUACUUGCGGGAUCUGGCGGAGCGUCACGUCACCAACACGCCCGUGGAGCCCGCCGGGAAGUUUCCCUUCAUCUCUCUGGCACACAAGCGUCGAGAGAAGGUGCGUCCGUACAGCGGGGCGGAGCUGCGCAGCCUCGGCGCGAUCACCUGGCAGGUCUACGCCGAAGAUCAGGUAGCGGGUGCUGAACGGGAAUGCCUGCUGGCCAUUUCGAAUGAUUUCAUCAUCCUGCUGGAUCAGGAGGCCAAAGCAGUUGUGUUCAACUGCGCCACCCGUGACAUCAUUGGCUGGUCGACCGGGAGCCCCGCCUCCCUGAAGAUCUACUACGAGCGUGGAGAGAGCGUAUCGCUUCGAUCCAUCAACAACAACACUGAGGACUUCGGGGAGGUUGUCAAAAGACUGGAGCUGUUGACCAAAGGCAGUCAGACCACAGAGAUGACUUUGCGCCGGAACGCCUUGGGCCAGCUGGGCUUUCAUGUCAACUUCGAGGGGAUCGUAGCCGAAGUGGAGCCCUAUGGGUUCGCCUGGCAGGCUGGGCUGAGGCAGGGCAGCCGACUGGUGGAGAUCUGCAAGGUGUCGGUGGCCUCGCUGUCCCACGAGCAGAUGAUUGACCUGCUCAGGACCUCCGUCACCGUCAAGGUGGUCAUCAUUCCCCCGCACGAGGACUCCACCCCACGCAGAGGCUGCUCUGAAAUCUACCACAUGCCACUUGUGGACUACAAGAACCACAAAGAAGGCAUGCCGUAUGAGCUGAAGUUCCCUUUCCGGCCAACAAACAACAACACAAAGUGGCCGCGCAGCUCAUCCAGCCCUCGCGCUGCUGCCUCGGGGGGAACCUUGAUCAAGGCGGCGACCUCGGACACCAGUGACCGCAACAGCGCCGCUAUUCCCCGCAGCGUGUCGAGCGACGGUCGGCCUCUCAACCCUAAAAGAUUUUCCCCAGGCAAUGACAACUACGCUCUUGCCUGCUCCAUCGUGAUGGGUCGCACGCUGCACAGCACAAACUCGCCCUCCAGCCUCUCCUACACAGACACAAUGAGUUCGAACCACUGGAGGCAGAAGGCUGUGCCUGAUGGGUUUAAUAACAACUGCCAGUCGACUGUCACGUCUGUGCGGCAGGCGACCGGUGACGGUGUCAAUGGAGUCAAAGCGUGUUCUGCCGUUGGCUGGUCCAGACCCGGGGAGGGCGAUGCUGCAACCAGGCUGGGAGACAAAAACAGCUCAGAUACUGUGGUUUCUAAGGUGGUGAUCCCUCGUCUCCAGCCAUCAGAUCAGAGCAGCCACCUGUCACCGAACAAGAACAUCAAGGCUGAUGCUCCGUAUUCAUCCGGCCACUCCAGUAGCAACACUCUGUCCAGCAACGCCUCCAGCUCGGCGCACAGCGACGAGAAGUGGUACGAAGUCGGCUCGCGAUCCGGAGCACGGAGCGACCUGGAGCUCAACGGCUACCUUCAGGGCACGUCCACCGACAGCGGCAUCGACGCCACCUCUUUUACCGCCACCCAGAGCAGCACGGCCUCCUCCACCGGUGCCUUCAGGUCCAAGGAAAAAAUCCCAUGGCAGGACGAGGCAGGGAGCUGUGAGAGAGCGUCCAGCACGUCGCCUCCAACACCGGACUCUCUUGCUCCCACUGGAGGGAGCGAGGUAUCAGUGAAGAGCACAAUCAGCUUUACAGUCGGUCCUGAUGGCGCCCCCUACAGUCUGAGUGACGCAGCGUCCCACUCCAGCACAAUAAGCUCUGGUCACUCAGGGAGUCCGAUGGGACAGGGCUGCAGCGCCUCGUCGCCGCAGAGCGAAGCUGCCGCAGCGGACCUCUCACCCACAUCCCAGGACGGCCAGUCCCCGGGAACCAAGAGCUUCUAUCCUCGUCAAGGAGCGACCUCAAAGUAUCUGAUUGGCUGGAAGAAGCCUGGAGGAACUGUGAACUCUGUGGAUUUCAGCAGCACUCGCAAGAGGCACCAGAGUGACUGUCUGCUUGGUGGUCAGCCCCAGCUCAGGGCCAAUCUCCGCGGCUCCCAGUCGCCCCAGCGCCAGACUGUCAAAUCCAGCCUGGAGGAAGACCUGAAGAAGCUGAUCACACUUGACAGCCCGCCACCUAAAACAAAUGAAGAGAAGCCGUUAUUCCCAGGCCCCCCGCCCAGCCGUCGAUCCCUUCAGAGGACGCUGUCAGAUGAGAGCAUUUACAGCGGACAGAGGGAGUCCACCUCCAGCGCACAGUUUGACACAUCCGCUGACCUCCUCUUCACCUGCUCCACCAUCCCACGCUCACCUACCGCCCGACAUGGUGCAGGUCGACGGGCAUCACACAAAUCUCUUGGAGACUUGACUGCCCCUGAGAGCUCAGAGCUGGAACAGGAGAAGAAGAAGCAGCAGCAGCAGCUGCAGGAUCCUGCUCUCAUGCCCCUACCUGACAACGGAGCCGAUGGCCCGCUGGACUGGGAACACCUGGUUGAUGCCGCCAAGGCGUUUGAGGAGCAAAGGCUGGUGUUUCUAGCAGCCCAGGAGGAGAGCUCCACAGCCGAGAGCACAUCAGCUGCCAGCCCCCAGCAGGCCGAGCCUCAGGCCGCUCCACAGAGACAGCCUCUGCCGGGGGAGAUUCCGGCGUGCUUGAUGGGUAAAUUGAGCCAGUUAGAGUCCAUGGUUAAAGCACUACAGGACGACCUGAAGAAGGAGAAGGAUGCCAAGGCUUCAUUACAAGUCCAGAUCCAAAGCCUGCGGGAGGACAACCAACGUCUCCUGGAGGAGUCCUACAGCGCCUCGGCCAAGCUCAAGAAGUUCACAGAGUGGGUCUUCAACACCAUCGACAUGAACUGAUGCCCACAGAUGUCAGCUGCUCUCCACUGGGAUGUUGACCACUACUGAAGCUGCUUUUUAAUCUUGGCCUCCUUGUCAAGCCAGCUCCAACGUUGCUUUACAUGCCAUCGUACUUCAACUCUGUGCAUCUGUGAAAAUAAUCAUGAAAACAGACAAAGACUUAAAAGGAGGCCAGAGAAAAUGAAUAGUUUGUAUUAGAUUUUAUAAGCCUGCACCCCCCCCCCCUCCUUCCUUGGGGGGGUUGCAUAAAAUGAUGUAAUGCUUUGGUGGCAUUUUUGCAUGUUAGAGAAGGAAAUGUUGAAAGUAACCUAAAGGGAUUUAAAGCAUCUGACCCCAUUUACAGCGCCGAUCAGAGAUUUGCAUUCCCUCAUCAAGGAAUGGAUGUUAUAUUAUUUAUGGCUUUUAAUGAUGCAUUUGGACAAAAAUUUGAAAACAAUGAAUUUUAAGAAGAAUUAAGGGCACACGUUUGAAUUUAAUGCACGUUUCCUCUAAUCUUCACACUCACAGAUCCAAAGUAUGUCCUUAUAUUUCAAUCCCCUGUAGCAAUUUGCAGAGAAAUUGCUUUUUAUAGCCAUCAUCAAGCUUCUUGCAUAAAUCUUGACAGAUAUUUCAUGUUGUUUUUCUGUCAGAAAUGGUAAAACCUUUUUAAACUGGUUGGUUUCCUGCAAGAGACCAAGCUUUUGGAGCAUGUCUCUCAGCUUUUCUAUAGGACUGCUGUUUAAAGAACAAAAAAUGGUCACCCUACUGUUUGAUGUUUCAGCUGGGCUAUGAGCAACAACACACAAAAACUGCCUUUUAAGUAUAAAACAGUAGUGUUAAGCUUCUAAUUAUGGGUAAAGUUUGGCCCACUCCAAGACGCCAGUCAAUUUAAAUGAAGGCUUCACAUUCUGAUGAGAAGAGAUGUCAGAUAUUCAGCCUGAAUCAUGCAGGAAGCUUGUUGAUGGCUACAAAAAGUUUGGGGUUUCUCUGCAACUUGCUAAAGGACAAUUAUCCCAAUAUUAAUUGGGAUAUAUGUAUAUAUUUCAGCUUGUAUGUAUAACUUGGUCCUACUACUGAUUAGAGUAGUAGGACCUAGAGUAAAUUCAAAUUUGUGCCACCGUGAAGUCUGUUUUAAAAAUUUAGCAAAAACAGUUUAAAUACACAAUUAAAAGCCCAAAAUCCACAACAUUCAUGCUUAAGAUGCAUGCAUAUAGCUCUGACCGACUCUGCAGCUCUUUAGCUAACCUAAAUAAAAUUGAACAGAUUGACAGCAAUAAAGCUCAAUAUUGCUCUGAUCCACAUGGACGCUUUUAUAAAAUUAAAUGUUGUACUUUCAUUGCUGUUUCCCUGACGCCCUUUAUUUUUAUAUCACUAACCAAAAUAAGAAUCCAAAUGUUAUUUUUGAUGGUAGCAUCGAUAGGUAGACACAAACAGAGCCUUCACAUCAGCACACUGUAAGGUGACGGGCCGGUCUGUGAUGAGAAGAUCAAUGGAUGUUCAAAGUGAAAAAAGUCGCGACAGGAAAGAAAUAUUUACUGUACAAACACACAAUGGGUGCCAUAAAGAUGCAAAUAUACAAUCCAUACGACUGUAAAUAUGUGAAGUCGGAGUUUAUUUUUCUCAUGCCCUUCUGUGAUAUAAUAAUAUAUUUAUGACAAACACGAUGCCCAGGAAGGAUGAGAUGUUAGAUAUGUUAGACAGUUUCUUAUGAGGACAAAGUGCAUCCUUUAACAAAAAAGGUUCCUCAAUCCAAAAUACAGAUUAUUUUUAUGCCUCCUGACAUAUGACGUUUUGUUGCCUUGCCUGCUGCCGUGGAUUAUUUGACAUGUAACGCUACAUGAAAUCGACCCUUUGUCCUUUCAUAGCAUGUGAAAUGGCAUCGACCGCUCAUCUCAGACUAGAUUGAAUCGGUACUCGUCCGUGUAUGAUUACAUAGUAAGAAAUCGUGUAAUUCCUAAUGACUCCAGCUACAGGUUUCUGUAUAAACCUGCUUGAAAUCCCGAUACAAAGAUUUGGUUUCUUGGAAGACCAAAGCCCUUAUUUAAACCUCAUGCUGUAACCCGCUUCCUUUUGUACUCGGACACUGUGCCAUUGUAUAUAAGCAGAGUAUAUUAUUCAUCAAAAAUUUGCACCUUUAGGCUUAUUUUAUACAUUUAUUUUUCAUGUAGUUCUGCCUAACCAAGUAGCAGAGAGAGAAACGAACGUUAUGCAAGAGGGAAAUAAUGGGGUUAAAAGGAGUAAAGGAUGCCCACAAGCCGGACUCAGGAGAGUCUGCGCUCCCUGACAGAGCAGAUCACCCCUUUGCCUUCAUUAUUAACAUGUGUGACAGCAUGUCAUUCUGUUUCCAUUGAGCUGUGAUGUGUAAAAAAAAAGAAAAAAAAAAAGUUUAUAUCUAUUAAAGAUAUUUUGUUGAAUUACA